AUCAUUCGAUUAGACUUUGAAAAGAAUGAAGUCCAUUGUGUUGGCUGUGUUGGUGUUAGCUAUAUCUAGCUUUAGCUUCGCUGAAGACGAUGGCCAGUACCGCCCAGAGCUAUAUGGUGGAGACGAUGGAAAAUAUCGACCCAGCAAGGAGGGAUUCUACUACGACCCUUAUCACGGAUCGUACAAAAUUUAUACUGCUUUAGAUAACAAGUAUAAGAGCCUGCUUGCUAAAAAUGGAAAAUAUGAUUCUUUUUACACUGCAUAUCAACCAGUUUACGUGAAGGAAUAUGAUCCAUAUCAGCAGUUCUUGACUCCUUUCGUAAAAUAUGGUGAUCAAAACAGCUUGGAUCCAUAUAUUACGUCACCUGUAACUGUGACUUACCGUCCUCCUGUAGUACCUGUUGUACCAUCAGUGCAUCCAUUUGUAUACUCAUCAACACCUCAACCUGUUGUGUAUGCGUCUACACCUAAACCUGUCUUUGCUUCAUCUGUUGAGCCUAUCGCAUAUGCAUCAGCACCUAAAGCAGUAUUUGCGUCGUCUGUUAAACCUAUCGUGUAUUCAUCAACAGCGAAACCAGUGAUUCAUUCAGCCACUGCGAAAUCAAUUUAUACUUAUCCAGUAUAUGCUAAAACCUUUAAAGAUUAUGAGGCAAAUGCUAGAAUAAUUAAACAGGAUAACGAUAUUGAUCAAAAUGGGUAUCAUUACGCUUACGAAACGGAAAAUGGAAUUAACGCCGAAGAAGCUGGUGCUGUUGGCAGUGGUGGUACUAAGGCUAGAGGCUUCUACGAAUAUAUCGGCGAUAAUGGUCUUAAGUACAGAGUCGAUUAUACUGCUGAUGAAAACGGCUUUAGACCUAAUGGAGCUCAUUUGCCACAGUGAGAAGAUGAUUCCUAUUCCUUUUCCGAAGAUGGAUUGUUAACGAAAUAUUGUAAUGUUUAAAAUAUAAAACGAAGGCUAUUGAGUAUUAUCGAAAUAAAAGACUAGAAUUAAC